CAAACGACUUCCGUCCCUGACGUCAGCGCUGUUAGCCAAGAUGGCGGCGUCUGGUGUGCGAACCGUGGGUGCGCUUCUGUGGAAAUGUAAAAAAACUGGCUCCACUUUGAAUAAAGUCACGUCGCAGCUCAGCCGGAAGGUCCCGAGCAGGCACAUAUGUGUGAGCUCUGCCCUCCACAGAAAGAACCUGGCGGCUGCAGGACCAGAGAAGUUCACGGCGGAGUUUAUCGAGAAGCAGGUGGAGGAGUUCAACAUCGGGAAACGGCACCUGGCCAACAUGAUGGGAGAAGACCCAGAAAACUUCACGCAGGAGGACAUAGAUAGAAGUAUCGCCUACCUGUUCCCGUCCGGCCUGUUUCAAAAGAAAGCACAUCCCAUCAUGAAGCACCCAGAUGAAAUAUUUCCAAAGCAGAGAGCUGUCCAGUGGGCGGCAGACGGACGACCUUUCCAUUUCCUGUUUUACACCGGAAAGCAGUCGUACUACUCGCUGAUGCAUGAAACUUAUGCCAAAAUCCUGAAUUUAGAGAAACGUCAAGACCGCCUGAGAGCCAAAGGACUCCUCACCCAGGAAGUCAAGAAGAUCUCUCUAGGUGCAAGCCGGUGGCUCACAAAGGAGGAACUGGAGACGCUGCUGGUGGAAACCAUGACGGCUCACAAUUACAACCGCUUCAUCCAGCUGAUGGAGCGGCUGCUGUCCAUGCCCCACUGCUCCGUGGAGGAGGAGUUUGUCUCGUGUUACCGCCGGCAGGUGGAGGCUCAGUCCAGGAAGCAAAUGGUGCCGCAGCUGGAGCAGGAUGACCGAGGCGUGGCCUUCAGCACAGCAGAGGGUCGUAGGAAGACGUCCGUAUCCUCUGUGAUUCUUCGCGACUGUGGCUCCGGACGCGUCACCGUCAACGGUGGCGACUACAUGCAGCACUUCUCUGUGCUGCAGGACAGAGAGCAGCUGAUGUUCCCGCUGCAGUUCGUGGGCAUGUUGGGACGCUUUGACCUGGAGUGCACCGUGAGCGGCGGCGGCAGGUCCAGCCAGGCGGGGGCGCUGCGGCUCGCCAUCUCCCGCGCCCUGCUCGGCUUCCUGCCUGAGGGAGACAUGGAAACCAUGAGACAAGCUGGCCUGCUGACCCCCGACCCCAGAUUGACGGAGAGGAAGAAGCCAGGACAGGAGGGAGCGAGAAAGAAAUUCACCUGGAAGAAGCGCUGAGGAGUUGUGACGUGAAACAACCACAAAGACAUUAAAUGCUCACACUGACUCUGCUCUGUGUGUACACUGAUAUUAUCACUUCAGUUCUGCUGGGAAACAUCAACGAGCUGCUGCUCACAGUUGUUCAAGGUGACUGCAGUGUGUGUCUUCAUCCACCAGAUGGCAGCAUAUGUCAAGGAGUAAAUGAGGAAUAUUAGUAUUUAAUACAAUCUUCAUUUUGUAAUGUUUUGGGCUCAGAAGGAAACCUUUUGACAUGUUUGUGCAUAUUUUCUGAUGUUUAAUUUAACCUUCUUUUUUUUUUAUUUAAAAGUUUGGCCUCAAUCGGACUUUAGCAAACAUUUUUGAAAUCCCUAAUGGAUUAACACAAAGUUUGUCCGGAAUAAAAGCAUCAGAACCACAA